UGGCGGCUUAUCAUAUGAUGAUGGCUCGCGGGUGUAUUUAUUUGGGCGCCCGGGGAGGUCUCCCGGCUUUCGGCUCUCGCUGCAGCUCGGCUCCCGAGGGGUUUUUCGCCAUGCAGAGCAUAGCAGAACACGGCCGGCCGAAUGCCACGGGCAAAAUGACUUUCCUCUCCCGGACGGAGACCUUUGCCGCUGCCCACAGGCUGAGCAGCAAAUUGCUCAACGAUGAAGAGAACCGGAAGCUGUUCGGGAAAUGCAACCAAAGCCACGGCCACAAUUACAAAGUGAUCGUGACUGUACGUGGAGAGAUGAACCCCAUCAGUGGCAUGUUUAUGAACAUUUACAAGCUUCAGGAAUAUAUGCAGGAGGCGAUCACAGAGCCCCUUGACAGAAAAGACUUAGAUAAAGACAUCCCCUAUUUUGCCAACGUAGUAAGCACAACAGAGAACCUUGCCCUGUUCAUCUGGGAAAACCUCCAGAGGCACUUGCCCGCCGGGGCCCUUUACAAAAUAAAGCUGUAUGAAACAGAGGAGAACAGCAUCAUCUACAAAGGAGAGGCGCCUGCUCCAGCCAAAGACAAGAGCAUGUGUACAGCGCCUCUGCUCCCCCCGGAUGGAAAGAAGCAGCUUUGUAACGGCCUAGAAAAGUGUGACGGGCCCAGCCAACUGGUUCUGCACACCCAACCGUCCCACUUCAAAGAAGAAGAUGCUGUAAAGUCGUCUCCCUGCUUGAGAGGAGAUGGAUGGUGGGGUCCCAAUUAA